AUGCAUGGCGCUCCUGCCGCAUCUCCUGCUGAGCAAGUGGUGGCGGUGGUGGUGGUGGUGGUGCUGCUGCUGCUGCUCGGUGUGGGUGGUGUGGGUGGUGUGGGUGCUGUGGGUGGUGCGUGGAUGGUGAGGGUGGUGUGGGUGGCGUGUGGAUGGUGUAGGUGGCGUGUGGAUGGUGUGGGUGGCGUGUGGAUGGUGUGGAUAUGUGUGGAUGGUGUGGAUGGUGUGGAUAGUGCGGAUGAUGGCGGUGGGGUGGCGGUGGGUGGCGGUGGGUGGCGGUGGGUGGCGGAUGGUGGCGGUGGGUGGCGGUGGGUGGCGGUGGGUGGCGGAUGGUGGCGGUGGGUGGCGGUGGGUGGCGGUGGGUGGCGGGCGUGGGUGGGGUGGGCGGAUGUGGGCGGCGUGGGCGGCGUGGGCGUCGUGGGUGGCGUGGGUGGCGUGGGUGGCGUGGGUGGCUGGGUGGCGUGGGCGGCGACGGCUGCGGCGAGGACGGAGAUGAGGGUGGUGAUGCUGGUGAGGAUGGUGGCGAGGGCGGUGAGUGCGGGGAGUGUGAUGCGGGUGGUGAGGGCGGUGGUGAAGGCGGUGCAGGUGAGGGUGGUCGUGGCAGAAUGUGGCAGAAGUGAGGCAGCAAAAACCGAGGCACGACACACGUGGAUGAGGACACAUGUACUGAAGUUGUGGGGUCAGACGAAGUGCAGCAACGUCACCGCUGAUCUGCAACAGAGUGCAGGAAGCCAAGCGCUGCUGGCGGGGAUGCUGUGUUAG